AUGAGAGCUGAGGCAGCUCACAAGUCCCGUAGUAAGUCCAGCUCACAAGUCCUGUACAAAGUUCAGCUCACAAGUCCCGUACUAAGUCCGGCUCACAAGUCCCUCUUCAUCUUCUUCGUUUACUUCGUCGUCUUUGUCUUUUUCGUCUUCUUCUACAUUUUCGUCUUCAGCUUCUUCGUCUGCUUCUUCUUCUUCUUCUUCUUCGUCUUCUUUCUUCUUCGUCUUCAUCUUUGUCUUCGAGUCUUCAUCUUCUUUGUCGUCGUUUACUUUGUCUUCUUUGUCUUUUUCGUCUUCUUCUGCAUUUUUGUCUUCAGCUUCUUCGUCUCCUUCUUCUUCUUUGUCUUCUUUCUAUUCGUUGUCCUCGUCUUUGUCUUCUUCUUCUUCUUUGUCUUUGUCAUCGUCUUUGUCUUCUUCGUCAUCUUCUUCGUCAUCUUCUUCGUCUUGUUCACUGUCUUCGUCUACUUCAUCUUUGCCUUCUCCUUCUUCAUCUUCGUCUUAAGCUUCUUUGCCGUCUUCUUCGUCAUUUUCUUCGUCUUCUUCUUCACCUUCUUCGUCUUGUUCACUGUCUUAGUCUACUUCAUCUUUGCCUUCUGCUUCGUCUUCUUCGUCUUUAGCUUUUUCGUCUUCGCCUUCAUCUUCAUCUUUGUUUUUGAUGCUUCUUCUUCUUCGUCUUCUUUCUAUUUGUCGUCCCGUCUUUGA